AUGGACCGCCCAGCACUCACGUCACGGGAGCAUCUGGAGCUCUUGCGAAGCUCUGCGUUUGAAUCCGAACAUGCCUGGCUCUACGACACUUCCUAUCUGCAACACGAGGCAGCAGCGAUGGCGUUGGAGCAAGAGAUUGAGCAAUCACAUGCCAGUAUAUCGCCAGACGACAACUCAGACGAGCAAGUGCGCAUCAUCAAGACGCAGAUCAACAUCCACAGGGAGAGGCAGCGGGCGCUAAGGCCGCAUCUUGAAAGUGGGAGCGACCAGAUCGACGAAGAUGGGAACGAGUGUGUCUUUGUAGCAGCACCGAACCAAUGGGGUGCGAACGGAGACUUGGACGAGGAGAGCGAGAGUCUGUCUGCAAUCCACAACCUCCUUACAUGGCAAACUUCAUACUCGCCCGUCUCACAUGCCCCGCGUGACGAACUUCCCUCUCCAAAUACACCGUACCACUCGCUGCUCGACCCUCACCAGCCCACGACCACGUACAAUCUUCACCGCACGCGAGAAUGGACGGGAUCUUCGGGCUUCAGGAAAUUCAUCUACAGCGCACGCGACUACUCGGAUAAAUACGCUCUAUACAUGCUUGAAGCCACCCACCGCGACGACAGUCAAGUCAACGCUGCAGACUUCUUCCGUGUCGCCGAGUACCCACAACCAUGCAUAAACAUCCUUCUCUCCGGCAUUGACAAGAAGCGCGCCAUGACCAAAGACGCGGCCUACAAGUCGCGGUGCAUACAUCUACGCGGACCAUUCUCGCAACCGAUCAAAGAAUACCCAGACAGGCAACAGAAGAUACCAUGGUCACCGCGACGAUUCAAAUAUGGUGGACGCCGCUUCGUAUGGAAGCAGGGAGAUCCGAACGACGAUGCCAUGCCGGAGACUUUGUACGAAUAUCAGCAAGACUGGGUAAAGCCAGGAAGCAGGACGGGCAAGCGAUGCGACGAUGCAAAGCUGAUCAAACUUGUCUGGGGAGAAAAGAGGAGGAAGGGUAAAGUGGACAGUUACACGAUCCAUUUCAAGGGCGGCAUGGACCAAGUCUUUAGGGAGAUCUUGCUGGCCAGUCAGAUGGCCAGGCAGGUAUGUCUCUUUACCGCGAUGGACUGA